AAAUUUCAAUCGGCCAAUUUUGACAUCACCCUAUUUGAAAACAACCAUCUGUGACUGUCCCAUUUUACCUUACCAGCUGUCCCAUUUUACUUGAACAUGUCAUGGAGUGAGGUAGGAGUUCUUUAUGUGUUUCCAACGCAUUUUACUUGGCAACCUAUUUUCUUUAUAGAAAUAUACCAGAGAUCCAUAACAAGGUCUAAAGGUUCCACUUAAGGUAGUUUUCAAUUUUCUUGGUAAUCUACCAAAAAGUGCCCCAGGUUCCUGACUUCACUGUAGACCGGAGGGAUCCACAGGCAGGUAAGAAACAGCGACACCACCGUCAGGCCGUGAGAGUGCAGCAGGGUGUCUGAGCAGCAGCACUCUGCAGGCUGCAGGCUGCUGCUGAUGGAGUAGGUGGAUGAGGCCACACUCAUGGCCGUAAAGAACUGUUUGUGCCUGCUCAGCCAGCAUCAGCAGCGUUUGUAAAGGCGCUUUGUGCAUCGCUAAUCCGCUCUGAUGUCACGGUGCAGGAGGAGGGGCUCCGCUUAAUCCGAGCAAGUUGUCUGAAGGGACAAGCCGAGCCAAACCAAGCCGAGCCAAGCGAGCAGGCACUGGAGGGUGAGAGAGAGGGACGAGGAUGUGUGCUGCAGCGGCCGGACCCGGGCCUCUCAUCCACUGACAUGCAGCUUUCACUGCAGCCUGACAGAUGGAAGUGCAGUGCUCGGCUCACAGCUCUGCAGACACCGCCGCGCUGCCAGGGCCAUCUGCGACCCGGGCAAGCCCUUCUCCCUGACCCUCCCUCUGAGGCACCCAACCUCUGCCAUCCAGUCCUGAGCUCCAGGCAGAGAGGGACAUUAGCCACCCCGGGAGUCCGCCCUCACUCCUGCUGCGUCCCUUCAUGUUCCCUCCCUGGCAGUUGUGACUGUGUCCUUGUAUGAGCGGGGUUUCCUUGGAGACGAGAGGAGCAUGUUCUGAAAAUUGAAGUCAGAUCAAACCACAGCCAUGAGCCAUAAGUAUCAGGGAGAGGCAACGGGGGAAGCAGGCGAGGAGCACAAGGUGACCUCGGUGCCUCAGAGGAGCAGGCAACCCAACGGGACGACACCCGGGGAACCUCCCGUACGUCGGUCCUGGAGGCCAUGUCAGAUGCUCAACCAGGAUGGGGAACCGAAUCCCCAUCAUCAUCACCAUCAUCACCAUCAUCACCCUCCUCACCACCACCACCACCACCACCCACCCACAGGUCGUGGACCCCCACGGCAUCGCCGACGGCCUACAUCAGGGCAAGGGCAGGGCCAAAGCCAGGCUCAGAGUCCUGGUUUUAUCUCGGAGGUGGCUCUUUCCCCUGAAAGUCGAGAUACUGAACCUCGUCCUGUCCAGCAACACCGCCCUGCUGUCACCCGUUACCGCCGCCAUGGUGACCCAAACCCCAGGUACAGAGGUCACAGACAGAGGCAACCAAUCAGAGAGAAACAGGACUCUUCACCUGGUGCAGACAAGAGAGAAGAACCAGCAGAGGAGCAGGUGCAGCAAAGCCCACCAGAAGAUACUCUAAAGGACCAGUUGCAAGACAGGGGAUCUCCUCACCAGACUCCCGUUGCUGUUGUCACCCCCACCCACCUCUCACCUGGUCCAGCAACUCAUAACGUACAAGACACUCCUCCUGCUGAGGCAGAGGAGGACCUCCAGGAGUGUAAUGCAGAGUGUGAGGAGGAAUCGCAGGAAGUUCAGGAGAAGGACGAAGAACAAGAACAGGCAGAGGAUGAUGGAGACCAGGACUCAACCACAGGUCACUCCAGCUGCAGCCAUGACGACAUGCAGACAGUCGAAGACGGAGCAGAGGAACAUGCUGAGAGGGUGGAGGAGGAUCAGGAAGAAGUGAUAGAUGAUGUAGUGGAGGACAUCGCAGCUCAGGGAAGUGAAAUCACUGAUCUCUGCUCUGACACGGAGAGCGCCGCUUCGCUCAGUAUGGAUGGACCUCUCCACAGCCCGCCGCCGCUCCACUCACCAACUCCUCCUUCCUCCCCCGAUGCUCCACCUUUCCCCCAGCUGGACCACUUCAGUGAGGACAACAGUAUGAGCCCACUGCCCGACCACGACCUGAUACCUGAAGAAGAGGAAGAAGAUGAAGAAGAUGAAGAUUGCUCUGAAUCGUGCUCACUGUCCCACUCCACUUCCUGCUCUGAAUCUUAUCCAAAAACCUAUGCAGACUUUUAUACAGAGUCCCACCAAAAGUCUUACUCAGAGCCGGUCUACGAGUCAUACUCGGAGCCAAAAUCCCAUCCUAACUCUUUUCCUGAGCCCCUUAAGACCUCCUACCCUGAGUUACACAGAGAACCUCGUAGGCAGGGCGGUUGGAGGACUGAGCCCAACGAGGCCCAGCAGGAGUCCCGCCAAGAGCCCUUUACCAGCCAUAGACAGGAGAAUGUACAAAAAGGGGCUCCACCUCCCCCCACCAAGGGCUCCCAUCAUGCCCCAAGGCAGGGCAGAGACCGCGGUUCACAUCACUCUCCGCUAGACCGUUCUGUUGGCUGCCGACUGCACCACUAUGACGGUCAGUCUGAUGGAGAGGGGAACAGCGCCAAUCAAAGCCCCAUUCCCAAAAGUCGAAGGCGUGCACCCAGACAAGCAGAAACCCAGGCUAAGAGCCCCUCGUCUGGGCAGAGCAGCUCCAGUGAGAUCCAGGAUGAGCGGAACAUGUUGGGUGUCACAGCAGGAGAGGAAGGUACAAGAGGCUCAGGAGACGCCAUCAGUUUGGCGAUUAAAGACAUCAAGGAGGCGAUUGAGGAGGUUAAGACUAAGACAGUACGUUCCCCCUACACACCUGACCAGCCUGUGGAGCCGAUUUGGGUGAUGAGGCAGGAGGUCAGCCCCACAGAGGAUGUAUACCCACUGCAGACAGCGGCGGGCCAUUCCUCUCCUCAGUCCCCCUCUCAGUCAUUGUCCGAGUCUCCAUCCCGAUACGCCUCAGUUCCGGUUCGGGAGCCGGUUAGUCCGCUGAGAGCCGAAUCAUCCAGAGCUCUUCAUCCCCAACAUUAUCACCAACUGCAACCCCAACACAACCAUCAUCACCAUAAAGGCCACCAGUCACAACAGAGGGACACCGCAAGGCAGCCACAGACAUACACACAGCCUCAACCGUACGCACACAUGCCGCCUAAUCAGCAUCAACAACGUCAACAUCAGCAUCAACCACAGCAUCAACAGCUUCCACCUCAACAGCCGCGGCUACAUGUUCAGCCACAGUCGCCUCCGCAGCAGCCGUCUAUCCAGGAGAUUCGCAGAUCUCUUCCCUCGUUUCCCACAUUUGUGGACGUCCCGGGACCAUGUGACCCUGAAGACCUUAUUGACGGGAUCAUCUUUGCAGCGACCUACCUGGGCUGCACCCACCUGCUGUCAGAGAGGACGCCCACAAAGAGCGCCCGCAUGCAGCAGGCACAGGAGGCUAUGAGCAGAGUCCGGGCUGCUCAGAAGCAGGCGAAGAACAGGAAAAAGAGCCCCGACGGUGAGGGUCCGUCUACCGCUGAGGUGGAUCUGUUCAUGUCCACGCAGAGGAUCAAAGUCCUCAAUGCAGACACUCAGGAGUCUAUAAUGGACCUGCCACUGAGGACGAUCUCCUACAUAGCCGACAUCGGUAACAUGGUGGUGCUGAUGGCCCGGGGGAAGAUGGUCCGAUCCCGCAGCGCACAGGACAACCUGGACCACACCGCUGAGCAGACCACCAUGACCCACGACGACAGACGGCUGUACAGGAUGAUCUGUCACGUCUUCGAGUCCGAGGAUGCCCAGCUGAUAGCUCAGUCCAUCGGUCAGUCUUUCAGCGUCGCCUACCAGGAGUUCCUCAGGGCCAAUGGCAUUGACCCUGAGGACCUGAGCCAGAGGGAGUACAGCGACCUGCUCAACACUCAGGACAUGUACAACGAUGACCUCAUCCACUUCUCCAAGUCAGAGAACUGCAGAGACGUUUACAUUGAGAAGCAGAAGGGGGAGAUCUUGGGUGUGGUGAUAGUGGAGUCGGGCUGGGGCUCCAUCCUCCCCACCGUCAUCAUCGCCAGCAUGAUGCAUGCUGGUCCGGCUGAGAAGUCUGGUCGACUCAACAUCGGAGACCAGAUCAUGACCAUAAACGGGACGAGCCUGGUGGGUUUACCGCUCAGCACCUGCCAGAGCAUCAUCAAGGGUCUCAAGUCUCAGUCCAGGAUCAAGAUGAACAUCGUCAGGUGCCCGCCUGUCACCAUGGUGCUCAUCCGCAGGCCGGACCUCAGAUACCAGCUGGGCUUCAGCGUCCAGAACGGCAUCAUCUGCAGCCUGAUGAGAGGAGGCAUCGCCGAGAGAGGAGGCGUACGUGUCGGUCACCGCAUCAUCGAGAUCAACAGCCAGAGCGUUGUGGCGACGCCUCACGAGAAGAUCGUUCAGAUCCUGUCCAACGCCAUGGGAGAGAUCCACAUGAAGACGAUGCCUGCAGCCAUGUACCGUCUGCUGACAGCACAGGAGCAACCUGUCUACAUCUGAACACAGCUCUCACUUUUUGCACCACAUCACUAAAGUCUAUCUUUACUACCGUCCAUCCAUCUUUCAGUUGUUUGAAUACCUUUCUCCUCUCUGUAUCCCUCUCUUGUUUGUUAUCACUUGACUUGCCUUAAUCUGUACAGUACACUGUCAUGUAAACAUGUACAUCUACAGUAUGACAGCAGGAGGCAGAUUAUUUCACUAGGCCGAGUGUUAAUGUGACGUGUUAUGUUUGACCAAAGAGAAAUUGUGGAUUUUAUUGUGCAUAUUUAGGUGACAAACAGAGUAAAUAUUACCUUUGGUUAAAUAGCUGUAAUAUUUGAAUGUACUUUAAUGAUGUUGGACCUAUAAGUUGUCAGGGCAACCCAUAUGAUGAACAACUUUAAACUGAACAAGUUCAAGGGGAAUGCAUGUACAAUUCUGCUGAAUAAAUGGAAAAAAAGACAGCGAGCAGUAAA